CCAGAGUCAGUUCUCUCUCUUCUCUAAUUUUAUUUUUGAUUUGGCAAUGCGUUUCCUAUUUCGGGUUCGUUUAUUUAACUUUUGUUUGGGUGCUGAGAAAAUGCGAGAAACCGAAUUAGAAUUAGAAAGGAAACUGAGGGACCAGAUGAGAAGGACAACUUAUAUCUUGAUUCAGUAGAAGUCUUAUUUGUUAAUCAGUUGGUCUUUGGGGAGGUGAAGGUGAAAAGGAGAUUCAUCUUGCAGCGACCUGCACAUUGGAGCAGGUAGCAAGCCAUGAAGCUUGGAAUUUCAGGUUCAGCAUCUCAAGAUUCAAUAGAGAGAUAAAGGCCCACACUUGCUCGUACCUUUAAAACCUAAUUGUUUUGAUUUUACCUUUCAACUUCCAUUAUAUUGAGGAUUCUUUCCCUGCUAGACCAGUUCAAUUUCAAAUGUCUGGUGAUGUGGAGAAUCCUAAAGUUGGUGAGAACCAGAAAGGUCCAGGAGCCUCGUCUCUUGCUAAUGAUAUCCAGGCAACCUGGUACAGUGGCUUACUCCGUCAGACAUCUAUUUAUGGUAUAGCUGCUGGAUAUUGCCUUUCAGCAUCUCUGCUCUCCAUCAUCAACAAGUGGGCAGUAAUGAAAUUCCCUUAUCCUGGAGCUCUAACUGCUCUACAGUAUUUCACUAGUGCCGCAGGUGUCCUUGCAUGUGGGUGGUUCAAACUCGUGGAGCAUGACCGGCUAGACCUUUUGACCAUGUGGCGUUUCCUACCUGCUGCAAUUAUGUUUUACCUCUCACUCUUUACCAAUAGUGAGCUCUUACUCCAUGCCAAUGUUGAUACCUUCAUUGUCUUCCGAUCUGUAGUUCCCAUAUUUGUCGCAAUAGGUGAAACCCUGUUCCUGCACCAGCCAUGGCCGGCAUUAAAGACAUGGCUCUCACUUACCACUAUUUUUGGUGGAAGUGUGCUUUAUGUUCUCACUGAUUACCAGUUCACAGUCACAGCUUAUAGUUGGGCUCUUGCUUAUUUGGUGAGCAUGACUGUAGAUUUUGUGUACAUUAAGCAUGUAGUGAUGACCAUAGGCUUAAAUACAUGGGGUCUUGUGCUGUAUAACAAUCUUGAGGCCCUCCUACUAUUUCCCUUGGAAUUGCUAAUAAUGGGAGAACUGAAGAAGAUAAAGCACGAGUUCACAGAUGAGUCGGAUUGGUACACUUUUGAGGUGGUUCUGCCUGUUGGGUUAUCUUGCUUGUUUGGUUUAGCCAUCUCUUUCUUUGGGUUUUCCUGCAGGCGGGCAAUUUCUGCAACAGGAUAUACUGUUCUUGGCGUGGUAAAUAAGCUGUUAACAGUGGUUAUCAAUCUGGUAAUUUGGGAUAAACAUUCAUCAUUCAUCGGCACCGUAGGGCUUCUCAUUUGCAUGCUAGGCGGGAUUAUGUAUCAGCAGUCCACAAGUAAGCCUAAGUCUGCUCCAGCAGUAAAGACUGAAGAGACCGAGGAAGAACAGCAGAAGCUACUAGAAAUGCAAAGCAGGAUAGAAAGUAGUAAUGAGAAGGAAGCGACUGAAUCUCAUCUGGGAAAAUGAGGCUUUCCUUCAGGCAAUAUGAUCAUUCUUUUGGUUAAAAAUCAGGUUGAAGUUUUCUGUUGGUAAAUUUGUGGAAUUGGAAUUUUCUGGUCAUUACAACCAGGUGCUUGAACUAAAUUCUUUUGGUAGGAAAUAUGGGUGGGCUUGGCAAUAAUCGUUUUCCAGGCCACAUCCUUUUCUAUACAUUUUACUAAACCCAGAAAAACAGGCAAGGGGAAAUAGUACUUUCUGUUGUUAUUAUUUAUUCGAAUGUCCUAGCAGUAAUAUAAUGUCUUUAAAGUUGAUAAUCAUGAGAAAUCAAAAUGUACCAAUGAAGUAGAUAUCAAUUAUCAGUUAUAUUGGAUGUUAGUAUUUUUCUUGUCAUUUAAUGUUUAAUCAGUUCAGUUAUGUUAA